AGUCGAUAAGGGAGAAUCCGGUUUCCGCGCCAGCAAACGUUUUGGUUCACGUGUACGGCGUGUGCCUAAAAUAACCAAAAGUACACGCGAUACCGAGCACAGUAAGGAUCGUGCUUUUGAUUCUACAUACUGUAAAACAAUAUGGGUAAGCCAGGAUUUUCUCCAGGCGGUGGAGGCGGUGGAGGUGGCGGAUUCCGGGGUGGCCGAGGAGGCGGUGGUUUUCGAGGGGGACGAGGAGGUGGCGGAGGACGAGGAGGCUUCGGUGAUCGAGGAGGUGGUCGAGGCAGAGGUGGCGGAGGUUUUGGUGGUCGAGGAGGUGGCGGAACCCCGAGAGGACGAGGGGGUGGUCGAGGAGGUGGCCGAGGCCGCGGGGGUGGUGGCUUCAAGGGCGGGAAGACCGUGGUGAUUGAGCCACAUCGUCACGAAGGAGUCUUCAUAGCCAGAGGAAAAGAAGACGCAUUAGUCACAUUGAACCUUGUUCCAGGUUCGGAGGUUUACGGUGAAAAAAGAAUUAGUGUUGAGGCUGACAAUUCAGAAAAAGUUGAAUAUAGAGUGUGGAAUCCGUUCAGAUCCAAAUUAGCUGCUGCAAUUCUUGGAGGAGUUGAUCAAAUUCACAUGCCACCAGGCAGCAAGGUUUUGUACCUAGGAGCUGCAUCUGGAACGACGGUGUCACAUGUGGCAGAUGUCGUUGGACCGGAAGGACUCGUGUAUGCUGUAGAAUUCUCGCACAGAUCCGGUAGAGAUCUGAUAAACGUGGCAAAGAAACGGACCAACAUCAUUCCAAUAAUCGAGGAUGCUCGACACCCGCACAAAUACAGAAUGUUAGUUGGUAUGGUGGAUACAAUCUUCGCAGACGUUGCACAACCUGAUCAGGCGCGAAUUGUUGCUCUCAACGCGCAAUAUUUCCUCAAAAAUGGUGGCCACUUUGUUAUCUCCAUCAAGGCAAGCUGCAUCGAUUCCACAGCGCAACCAGAGGCAGUAUUCGCAGCGGAAGUGAAGAAAUUAGUUGCAGACAAACUAAAACCCCAAGAACAAAUCACACUAGAACCCUACGAAAGAGAUCACGCUGUAGUAGUCGGAGUGUUUAGACCACCGGCCAAGAAGGCUGCGUAAUAGAGUAUAAAUUUGGCUUAAAUCACGUCAAACUGUAACCGAAACUAUGUUUCUUCUUCAUAAGCUAGUGAUACGGUUGACCGCUGCCUUGGGAUCCAAAAGACUGUAACGACUUUGAAUCAGCCAAGAGCAACCCAAUCACUGGAUCCAUAUUCACGUUCUAAUUACGAACAGCAACCAUACUGCAAAUUCUGUAACAAAUAUUACCAGCUGUCUCGUAGUUUUCAUCGGUACAAAUCGUCGGCGAAGAGUCGUAUCUGUUUAUUGAUGUUAAGCGCUUGUGAAUUCCGUAACAGGUUUGUUAAACUUGCUAAUCGACGCAAAGAUGUGCAUUUAAGUAUACAAGCAAGUGUGCUCUUGCACGCUCGCAUCGCUACAGACGAUUUUUCUGGCCGUAAAGAGACCUCAAUUUCAAUACUUUCAAGCUGUAAAUAAUGGUCGUUUAUGUUUGCAUCUAAUAAAGCUUGAAAACUUGCAAA